GUGUCAUUUAGGAAAAAGUUAAACAGGCAGUUAUUAAUUAUCAUCAAUUAACCACGGUCAUGACCCUUGUAAAACUAGAUGAACGUGUCUAUAACGGUUGUCAAUAGUACUGUACAAACGGAGACAAAAACAAACAUCGGAUUCGUCACUUUCAUCCAAGAUUUCACCAGAAAUAGGUUAUCGAAUGGAAUCCAAUCCAGCCAAUAGCGACACCUACGCGGCAAAUGUGGUAAUAUUGACUUGCAUUUUUUACACGUCUGUCAUUUUCAUCGUAUCGAUGACGAUCAAACUGUUACUAAGGAUGUGCCAAGAAAGACUGACGUUUGUCUGUGACUUGGACGACGUCAAGUAUCAUAUUACAUCGUUUUUCAUGGAAACCGUUGAAAUAACCGAACAGUAUUGUUAUACGAUGAACGUCGCGAUAGUUGCAAGAUUGUAUAAUACAUCUGGAAAGACGAUCGUGGUAAUAUUGUUAAAGAUAAUCUGUAAUUAUUUGACCAAGUUAACGACGAAUUCGUGUGCAUACCACGUGUUCCGUACAAAUUUGGUGUUCGUAGUCUAUCAUCUAGGUCCAAUCGCGUCGUUGGCUGCUAACAAACUUUACGGCCUUAUCACCGAAUACUAUAGACGCGAAAAUCACACACCGCCGUUUCAUCAUUUGACGAAUGGCAGUGACAAUGACUGCAGCAGAUGUACGUUGCUGCGCCAAACCAUCAGACAAGACUUGCAUGAAGGCGUUAAAGUCUUGAGAAGUACGGCUGCACUAAUCAUGUCGAGUUACUUUAGCCACAAAUUCAUGAUGACGUUGUGGUCCGCAGACGUUUUUAACACAAAGGAAACGUUUUUAAGAAAUCGAUGUUCUGUUAGAAAUUUAAAACAUUCCAACCCGUUAAAAGCAGCUUUUGACGAAGCAGUCAUCACGUUUAUGUUCUUGGCCAUGCAGAUAGGUCUACGAAACGUGUGUAGGUGCUUCCGGAUAUCGAAAAAUCUUCUGACCUCUGCAGGGUUGAUGUAUAUUAACAUGGCAGCAUUUCGUUACACUGGUGUCCUGAUGAAUCCUACGUACGCAACGGCUGUGGUAUACGGAUGCCAAGAAAAAAUCGACAGAUAUCACUUCAUCGUGUUUUGGAUAGGCCCCAUUGUCGGCGCUCUUGUCUUUAAGGACAUAAUUUGGAUAAUACGAGCUCUUGAUUAUGUUCAAAAAGUUUUCCGUGCAUCGGUUGAAGAGUUACAUCAUUUUGGAACAUUAAAAACACUGUGUGCAUUGAUAGAUGACACAGCUGAAUACCAACAACAGAAAAAUAAACAAAAAGAAGACCAACAAUGCCGAUUGAAAAAUAAUGAACCGAUAUUGUGCCAGAGAUUAGUAUCAAAUGACAAAUUGUUUGUGCUAGAUUAUAUAUCGUCGGGGGAAAAAUUACAAUUAUUAAAGGAAGAAGAAGAAGAGAUCGAUUCGAUUAUCGAGAAGUGUACUGAAAAUGGAGAACGUGUAGUAAUGCGAAGAGAAACAGAAAAAAAAUAUGUAGGCAAGUGGGAAAAGGCUAGAGUUGAACAUUUUAAAUUGACAUUUAAAGCUAAAGAACUCGAGUUGCAGAAAGAAAUAUUAGGUUUGCAAACCCGAUUAGAAAAUGAACAAGUAAUAGACAAAGAGAAUGAAACAUUUUUAAACUACAGUAUAAACGAACUAAAAAAACAAAUAGAAUAUUGGGAAUGUAAAUACAAAACAGAUGUUAUGGAAAUCGAUAAUAAACUAGACAAUCGUAUGAUGACUUUGAAAGAAAAAACUAAAGAAGUCGAAAUUAUGAAAGAAACAUAUAAUGAAAGGCAAAAUAUAAUUGAAGAACACACAAAAAAUAAAAAAAUAUUAGAAGAAGAGAAAAAAAUUAACGACUACAGGGAGAAAACAGCUAUAAAAAUUCAAGCAUGGUGGAGAGGCACCAUGGUCAGACGUCGCUUAGGUCACUAUAAAAAUCUAUUGGGACCAAGGAAGAAAAGUAUUAAAAAACCGUUUGUUAAUAAAGGAAAAAAAUCUAAAAGUAAAUAAUAAA